GGGCCCCGGGUCUCCCCAGCUGUCCUUUUCCACCAGGGCUGUGACCCCCAGGCAGCAGUGCUCAGCGAGCCCCUAUCAUCUCUAAGAAUAAACUCUGAAGCUGCAGGCUGUGCGGACCUGAAUCAUCGGGAAGCCCAUCGAGGAGGGGAGUGGCUUUCCGGGACAGGCAAGUGGACUAUAUAAGCCCCAGAGGGCUGGCGCUGCCCCGAUCUCUUCCACCGGCUUCUGCCUGCCAGAGGGGAGCCUUUGCAGCAGCUCUCGCACAACGCCCACCAUGUCCCAGGCUGGUGCUCAGGAGGCCCCCAUCAAGAAGAAGCGCCCCCCCGUGAAGGAGGAAGAUCUGAAGGGGGCCCGUGGGAACCUGGCCAAGAACCAGGAAAUCAAGUCCAAGACCUACCAGGUCAUGCGGGAGUGUGAACUAGCUGGUUCCACCGCCCCGUCGGUGUUCAGCGGCACCCGGACCGGCACCGAGACCGUCUUUGAGAAGCCCAAAGCUGGACCUGCCAAGAGUGUCUUUGGCUAAGAAGUACACACCAUUCCUCUCGCCACUGCCAACUCCUAGAUGCAGGAGCCUUUCCCAAAAACUUUUUUUAUGCCAGAAUGCACCUUCUCACCUGCUGCCUCUGGGACUGCCGCCUGUCCCUCAGAGCCCUGGUCCCUCAGCCCAGGGAGUCUGCACCGGCACCUGGGGAACAAUAAAGAGGAUGCCCAAGUGA